AUGGCCAUGGACUUCUUUUCUCUACUGGAUCUUCAGGAGGGCCUUCAAACCCUCUCUGUUUUGCAAUGGAUCCCAGCCUAUAUAUUGUUAGGAGGUAUUCCCACUAUACUUGUGCCUUACUUUCUGAUGUUCACUAAGUUCUGGACCUUGGCCAUGUUCUUCUUAGCCUGGCUCAUCUAUGAUUGGAACACUCACAGUCAAGGUGGUAGGCAUUCAGCUUGGGUACGAAACUGGACACUCUGGAAGUAUUUCUGAGAUUACUUCCCAAUAAAGCUGGUGAAGACUCAUGACCUCUCUCCCAAACACAACUACAUUAUUGCCAACCACCCCCAUGGAAUCGUCUCUUAUGGUGUCUUCAUCAACUUUGCCACUGAGGCCACUGGCUUUUCUUGGAUUUUUCCAGCUAUCACCCCCUCUCUAGGGACCUUGGAAGGAAUCUUCUGGAUCCCAAUUGUGAGAGAAUAUGUGAUGUCAAUGGGUGUGGGACCAGUGAGUGAGUUUGCUUUGAACUACUUACUGACACAGAAUGGCUCAGGCAAUGCAGCAAUUAUUGUGGUGGGUGGAGCUACUGAAGCCCUCUUGUGCCGACCAGGAGCCUCCACCAUCUUUCUCAAAAAGCGCAAAGGUUUUGUGAAGUGGCUGGCACUGAAGACUGGGUCAUAUCUUGUCCCUUCUUAUUCUUUUGGAGAGAAUGAGGUUCACAAUCAGGAAACUUUCCCUGAGAGCACGUGGAUAAGGUUCUUCCAAAAAAGCUUCCAGGACACAUUCAGAAAAAUCCUGGGUCUAAAUUUCUGUACUUUCCAUGGCCGAGGCCUCACUCGUGGAUCCUGGGGCUUCCUUCCUUUCAAUCGGCCCAUUACAACUGUUGUUGGAAAGCCCAUACCAAUCCCCAGGAUCCAGAAUCCCAACAAGGACACAGUGGACAAGUACCAUGCACUUUACAUCAGUGCCCUGCAUAAACUGUUUGACAAGCACAAGGUUAAACAUGGCUUCCCUGUGACACAAGAACUGACAGUCAUAUAA